GGUCGAUAGUAAUUCGCAAUAAACAUGACGAGUUUUAUCAGCAUAAGUUUGUUCAACAGUUGCCGCCGGGUUUCUUCAACGCUUGUGUUAAGUGGGUGGAGAAAUGCUUCCAGCAACGCCACCACCAUCGGUGGAAAUGUUCCAUUGACGAAAGCUGCACACGCCCGCGCGAUGCCGGCAAGUUCCGGUCCCCUAACAAUAGCAUCGCAGCAGCUGGGUCACAGUCCGUACUUCGUCAGUCGAGGUAGGCCAUCGUCACAGGUGCAACAAUGUAACAAAAUUUCAUCAUCCUCCAUCAUCAGUCUGCACGAAAGCAUGCAGCUGAAGAAACGGCCGCGCAGAAAACGGGAGGACGAGAACGAAAAGAUUUCCCGCGGCUACAAGACGGUCACGGCGUUUGCUACCGCGGAAGAGUACGAUCUCGAUCGGCUGCUGAGGGCACUGCGCGAACAAAAUCUGUAUGAACCGAAGCAGUUCCUGUCCAGCGAUAAUAUCGACACGGAACCGGACGUACUGCAUGUGACGGCAAAGUACAAGGUGGGCGACGAGUGUCGAGAUUUGUACUUUUUCCGCGAGGGCACGGUGGUGCUGUGGAACUGUACCGAUCUGGAGAGCAGCAACAUUCUGCGGUUCUUGCGCCCGUUCGAGCAGGACUCGUACGACGAGGGUACCGUGCUGGAGGAGAGCGAAUCCAUGCUUUACAAUCAGGAUGGUAUUGCGCGGCUAAAGCACAACAGCUUCUACGUUUCGAAGUCGGAAGAUGCCGAUCUGGAAAAGUACACCUUUGCAAAUGCAAUGUCCCUGUCGGUGAAGCUAGGCAUCUGGGAGGCAUCGCUCGAGCGCUACAUCGACUCGAUGGCGUACGUCACGGAGGAUCUGAAGAAGGGAAACAAGAUCAAAAUCACGCGACCGGAAAUGCUGCGCCGCACCGGGGAGCUGUUCGCGCUGCGGCACGUCAUCAACCUUAGCUCGGAUCUGCUCGACACGCCCGACUUUUACUGGGACCGGGAGCAGCUGGAAUCGCUGUACAAUCAGACCUGCGCAUACUUCAGCAUCUCCCGGCGGACGCGCGUGAUGAACGAGAAGCUAAACCACUGUGUUGAGCUGGCCGAUCUGAUCAGCUCGAACCUGAAUGAUGACCAUCACGUACGGCUGGAGUGGAUGAUUAUCAUCCUUAUCAUGGUGGAGGUGGGAUUCGAGAUAUUGCACUACGUGGACAGGUUUUCUUAAAGACAAACACACAACAAGCACGAUAGGUGGUGAUGGUGGAUGGAGUUUCGCUUGCCGAGGCUACGUUCUGAUAGGCUGUUUGUUAUAUCAUUGACAGCAUUCGAGUGAUUCAUUGAUUGCACGUUAUCAGGAGUAAAUACUAGUUUAUAGGCGUAGGUUUCCGGUUUCGUUAGACUUUGUCUAUUUUUUUUUGUAUUACCCCUUCAUAAAUAUGUGUUAUCAGUUGAGUGUUAAGCAGAAGAUUUCAAAGUCAUUUUUGCAAUUUCAAUGAUAAGCAGCACAACAAUCCCAAUACUUGACAUACCCAUAUAUAUUUUUCCAACCGAGCACCCUUAUUCACCAAUUCCUAUCUGCUUGGAUAAAAAAUCCAACCUGAACGACUGUGCUAAUGACGAUGACCUUCAGCAUUUAGAUAGUUUAGUAAUAACGGUAUGAAAAACACGAAUGCGUGCGUUGCUGAAAACUCCAAGGCCGUUAAGCCAACGAUUGAAAAUGAAUAAAAAACUGGUUCAACAUCUAA